AUGAACAAGUAUGAAGUUGACGAAGAGCGUGAAUGGAGCGAAUGGAAUUUCCUCCCAGCAGCAAAUUCUGGGAGAUGGUUGAAUUCUCUGGCUUAUUUUGAUGAUCUCGCCUACUCUCAAUGCUUCUACCGAAGCUGUCUCGCAACAGACGCAUUCGAGAGCUACCUACACGUCGAUGACGAGCUUUACACCGAGAUCGUGAUCACGAUCAUCUAG